AUGGCGUCGCAGGACGGCACGCCGGGCGCGCGGCGGAGGCGGCCCGCCGCCAGGUCGCAGAGCGCGCGGACGCCCGGGGGCGGCAGACGGCGCACGGCGGCGGCCGCGGGAGGCGGGAUGCGCGCGGGCACGAGCGAGCCGCGCCUCUGCGACCUGCCCGCGGUGGUGACUGCGAGCACCCCUGAGGCGUCCCCGGCGGAGAGGCGGCGCCAGGGGUCGACGCGGCGCUCCACGAGGGCGGGCGGCCAGCAGCGCAAGUCGACGGCCUUCCUCGAGGUGCCCGACCGCGGCGAGCGGCUGGAGGACGAGGACGACGAGUCCUACCGCCUGCGCUCCUUCAGCUUCACGUCCAAAGGCGUGGUGAACCGGGGAGACUCGUUCCGGCGCCGGCGGUCGCGCAGCAACAGCCUGGUGCCGCCGGGACUGCAGUCCGCCUCCCCGGACGGCGGCGGAGGAGGGGGCGGGGGGUGCGCGACGCCCGCCCCCGCCCAGGACGACGCCGGGCGCCGCGACGCGCAGGUGAUCACGUACCGCGUGGCCAUGAUCGGCGCCUCGGGGGUCGGCAAGACGGCGCUCGUCAGCCAGUUCAUGACCUCCGAGUGCAUCAACGCCUACGACAGGCAGAGGGAUGUGCCCAGAGAACAGUCUGUGUCCAUUAUGCUGAAUGGCGAAGAGUCGGAACUCUCCUUCAUCAACAUAGCAAACUCGAAGGUGGAGCUCGACCGACAGGACCCGCCCGACGCCUUCGUGGUGAUGUACUCGGUGAUCGACAAGGCCAGCUUCCAGAGGGCGGAGGACGAGCUGGCCCGGCUGCAGGACUGGGGGCUGCUGAGGACGCGACCCGCCAUCUUGGUGGGCAACAAGGUGGACCUGGCGCGCAGCCGGGCCAUCUCCACACAGGACGGCAAGUGCCUGGCUUGCACCUACCGGGCCAAGUUCAUCGAGAUCUCGGUCGGAAUAAACCACAACAUCGACGAGCUGCUGGUCGGGAUCCUGAACCAGAUCCGCCUGAAGCUGGCCAACGCCGAGCACGACAGCUCGGUCCACUGGUACAAGAGCCGCGGAGUGGUGCGCGCCAGCAUGAAGGCACGCCAGAUGUUCACCUGGGUGUUCGGCAAGGAGGACUCCAAGUUUAAGAACUGCGAGAACCUGCACGUCUUGUAGCGGACUGACCGGAGACGGCGCUAACUUUUAUUUACAGUUUAUAUCCUGCCACUUACCAUCCACCCAGUGUAAGGUAUUUCUAAUGCAGUCUUUCAAGUCAUUUUCAAAAAUCUCAAUCUCUAUUUUAACAUUUCUAAAAAAGACUUCUAUAGCAAAAAUUAUUUUUGUCGCAGCUUAACUAAGAAGUACAGCUGUAAGACAAUAUUGAGGUUCAACCUGUUAUUUCAUCUUCAUUUUGUGUUUAGUUAGUUUUAACAGUAAGGUAAAAUACGAUGUAAGUUCUUGCUUGUCUUAACUGUCUUCCUAGACAGAAGUAUAGAUCUAUUUUUUUCAUGUUUGAUUGAACAGUUGGUUUUAAUUGCAAGUGUUCCCCCAGAGAUAAAUGUUAUGUACAUCUCAAGUCUCCAUUAUAAAAAAAAAACUAAGAAAAUUAGGUAUGCAAUUUUUAACCAUACUCAUGUUAAUUCUGCAGCAGGAACAGCACCAAGAAUAUACAAAUAAAAUUUUAAUUAGGUACUUUUAUGUCAAGCUUACAUGUUUAAUUGAUUUAUAACACAUUAAUAAAAUUAAUUUUCUUCCACUAAAGUUUGAGCAAAAAAGAAGAAAUAAAAUGAAUCAUUAUAUUUUAAUUUGAUAACUCUAAGCAAUAUGGAGUUCUUAAGUCUCACCUAUAAUUUGAUGGGUGCUAUAAGGAACAAGUGUUUUUACCUACUUCCAUUAUAAACCUCCCCAUCAAAAAAUUUUACAGCUCCAUAUUCUCAGUAUAUCACACAGAUUAAAAAAAAAAAAAAAUGAAAUGCCAUAACAAAAUUGUGUUUAUAAUGUAAACAUGUCAUGAAAAUAUUUUAUUUGUGUAAUUAUUCUAUGUAUACUUAAAUAUUGAGGUUAUGAAAGAAGUCCUGUUUAUGUCAUUGUUCUUUUUUAAAGUUCAGGAAGCAUUUUAAUAAACCUACAUUAGCAUCACUAAUAUGUGUUAAUUUGAAUAUAUUUUUCUACUGCCUAACAUGAGUAAAAAAUAAUAUUAGUAAUUCAACAGAGACCCUAGUAGAAUAUCUUGUUCAGUGUUGUUUUAUUUUGUAAAGUGGAUUUUUAAAAUGUAAUUUGUGUUGUUCUGUCAAACAUUACUUUCGUGAAUUCAUGUUUGGUAAUUGAAACUGUCUAUUUAAAUUCAUAUACCAGUAAUACAUUAUCAUUACCAUCAAUAUUUAAAAGUAGCUGCAUAAAAAUUUAAGUAAACUCAAUAAACAGUAUACCAAAAUAAUAUUGUGUGGAAAGCAGAUAUUUUACAGUAUGAACUGUAUACAAUGAUGAAGUAUUUCAUAUUGAUGUUUAAAAUUGUACAUAAAAAAUUACUAUCAUCUAUAAUAAAAUAUCUUUCAAUGGUAGCAGCAAACUGGCUUACGCAUUAUUGUGAUGUGCUUAAAACAAAACUUUAAUCUUACAUGAAAACUUGCCUUAUUUGGAAACACAUUUUCUUAUCUUAUAAAUAGUAAACUCUAUGGUUUAAGGAGACUACUAAAUAACUUGCCAGACUAAGAUUAUUUACCACUAAAGACCAAACCAGCAAUUACAAACACAUUUAAACUUGGUAAACAUAACAUUUUUGUGAAUUAAUAAUUUGAAAUUUUUGUGAACAACCAUUUUAAUGGUACAAACAAACUCAUAAACAUAUCUUCCUGGAAUAGUACCUGUACCCUGUAUUAUUGUUGACUAAAUUAAUGUAAUCGGGGAAAAUAACUGUAAAUAUUCAUGAAAUGAAAGAUUUCUUAAGACUAUUGACUUCAUGUUCCCAUCAAACUGAGGUGCUGCCAACCAAUAUCUGAGCAGGUAUUGAAGAGAUUUUUGCCUCAAAUAUUACAUGCAUAGUAAUGGUUUCAUAUUUCACUAUUCAUUUUCUCUAACAAUUAUACCAAAAAAACUAAUUAAGUCUAACUAGGAUUAAAAAUUACAAUUUGAAUAUUAUUUAUCAGAGAUAAGGUAUUGAUUUUAAGUAAUAUCUGUUUAAAAUAUGUAGUUUUCAUAUAAUUUAAAUCAUCAACUGUGAUCAAAAUUAAAGUAGGUUUGUUUUACUCACCGUCUCUUUUGCUAACUAGGAGUUGUAAGCAUUAGAAGCAAUGAAUCUAGGUCAAAAAAAGUUGGUAAUUCUCAAAUAGUUAAAAAGAAUGACUUGGGGUUCUUUUUUUUAAAACUUUUUUCUCACAUGGCACAUAAACAGAUGUCUUGAAAUAUACAAUUACGAAGUAAGAUUCGUCUGAAGGUGAAACUGAUAAGGCAAUACCUAAUAUUGUGCUACAAAUGAGAGCUUAAUCAAAUUAUGUUUGUGUUUCCACGUAAUAUUGUCAAUACGAAUAUACUCCAUAUAAACCUGUAGUAAUGAAAUAAAUACAUGUUAACAAAAAUAAGUUAGUUCAUUUUCCUAAAAAUCACAAUACAAUGAACAUUACGUACAUCACAGAAGUAGGUGAUCGCGCCGAAACAACCAGCAGACUACUUGCCCUCGCAACUCUUCCUCAAGGGGAGAAGCAUCGAGGGCGUGAUCUGAGCGACCUGACAGCAUCUUGCUGCAUUGAGAAAAACGAGUAUCCACCAUACUGUUUCUGGCAAGUAAAACUCACAAGGGUGUCCGAGGGUUAAAAGGUCAAAAAGAGACUUGGAGUAAAACAAACCUAGUGAUUCUUAUAACCCAAAAUGGCCAGUUACAAUUCCCACCAGUCUAACAACCUUUCAUCCCCCCCCCCCCCCCCCCCCCACCCACAAUUAUAUUUUCCGGACGUCCGUUCGCCCAGUCCAAGCACAAGAACAAAGGAAUGAAAGCCCCAUGUGGGAGGAAUAGAGGAAUAGGUUUUUAUUUCCUAAUGCAAUAUCUAGCAGAUCCUUCGUGGAUUUUCACAAGUGGGUCAUGUGGUAGGUGUUCACCAGGUAUCUCUAAUCUCCUAAACAGGAUCUACUUGCCGCUUCAUACACAUUUAAACUCAUGACACGUCUGUACUCCAAAAGUGGCCAGAUACAAUUCAUGCAAGCCCUAGCUUAACUUUCAACAGUUGUACAUUUUGAGGAAAAGAACUUUCGAUGAAGUACCAUAUUUCUUAGUAGUAUAACCAUCUCUUAGCAUAGAACAAUAUUGUUUCUUCAUUAUACACUGCAUAGUCCCAAAAAUUGAAAAAGGUAAAGGGAUGGUGCAUUCCCAAUCUCUCAGUGAUCCACCCAUUCACAAAUAAUAAAAAAUAAAUUUUACAUUUUAAAUACCUAUCUGCUUAAAAAAUUACUGUGCACAUAAUUACAAUAGACUCAAGAGGGCUUUAUAUGUAGUGUUUUGUAGGUAAUAACUAUGUCUCUCAUUAAUCCAUUUAUUCCCUACACAAAAUAUGGGUACCGGUACUCACCAAAGUCUUCAUAUGUACUUAAGCAUAACUACAAUGAAGCAUCAAUUAACUAAAAGUAUGUACAGAAUCAGUUUACUACAAAGGCUCAACUUAAAGGUUUGAUUUAUCCUCAUUAAAACUUUUUGUUUUACAGUAAUUGGAACAAAUUUAAUAAUUUCACCAUGCUAAUAAAUUUAUACAUUUUAAUUUGUGUAGUUCAUAUUGAAAUAAAACUUAUAUCACAACCAGCUUGAUGAACCAGUGAGUCUAUUUUGUUAAACAAUGUAAAUACUGCUUCAAACCUCAAGUACAAAUGUAAGAAACCACACAAAGUAUUCCUACUGUUGAGUGUAAUUGUAAACUAGUACUGCUCAUGUAAAAAAAAAUCCAAUUAUUGUACAUAAUCAUUUGCUGGGUUGAUAAAGAAUACCUAUCAUCACCACUAAACUAGAUGUACUGUUUGACUGUUUAUGUGUAAUCAGACUUACCUGUAGUAUAGUUAUUUUUAAAUGUUGUAGGUUGCUUGAGAUUUGUUGUUCAAGUACAUUAUUAACAAGACAAUAUCUGACAGUAAAACAGCUCCAAUAUCAAAUGUUAUAUAAAGAAACCUGUUGCAAAAUAUCAAUUUAUUGUCUGAAAUAAAAAACAAGCAUGUCAAAAGUAAUUAACAUUUAGAGCUUUGAUAUUUACAUGAAAAUAUAGAACUUUCAUAAUUUGAUAAAAAAUAUUAGUUACAGUAGUACUUGAGUUGACAGUAAUUUGUUGUGCAGUUAUUGUUCCGAGAGUGAGCAUCAAUUGAGCAAGUUUGCAUUUUUUUUGUCUUUAAAAUAAAAUUUGCUUAAUUUUAGAAACUUAAGCCAAAGACAAAUUUUUCCCUCAGCAACAACAGACGAUGUCUAUAUAUUCAAAAAUGUUAAAUUCACAAAAAAUCCUUAAUUUUUUUCACUGUUUUCUUUUGUUUUUACACAGGUAUGACCCAAAACAUGUUACUAAGCAAUUCUUUUGUGGAAUUAAUUUCUCCCAGCAUGCAAUCAUAAUUAAAGUAUAAUUUUGGCAAAAAUUAAAACCAAACACGAUACAUUGUUUUUAUUAUGACAUAAUAAAAGUACAUAAAACUAUAGCUAAUACGAUAUUUUUAUUUUUGGUGCUCACUGGAUGACUCACUUUUGUUUGGUGGAGCCAAUGAUUCCUCAGGCUUUGCAUCACUUUUAGUAAAUUGAUAAUUACUUGACCCAUUAUUUAAACUCGAGAGUAGUUAAAAUCCAACAUUAAAAAGCUUUGUCAAAAUACUGCUCAUCUAACAUAUUUGAAAAAAUGCUCACCUGCAUAGCUUUUUUCCAUGUGAAAAAUCUGAAUUUUCUGAGUAGCUGAUCUGCUAAAUAAUUUAUAAGAUGUAUGAGACAUCACUCGUGUAACUACAGCUAAAGAAUUACGGGUCUGUUUACGAAGCACUGCAUGUUACAAUUGGUUGUUACCUUCGUUAGGAAUAUCCAGAACACUCCUCAGCUGUGUCAAACUUGCCCACUUCAUCACCAUUUGCAGUGAUGCAAUACGCACUAGCUGACUCACAUCCCUCAGUCUGUCUAUGCGAUAUUCCUUUUCCAAUAUCAUUAAAACACAUAAGAAACCAUAGCAACAUCAGUGCACAAUAAUGCUCUUUAAAAAUAUUGAAAAUUGAUUGCGACAUACUGCUAAUACUCACAAUGCUAACUAGACAUCUGCGAAUUGUGAUUUUUCAGUUCGAAUCGAAUUUGAAUCGAAUUUCAAAAAAAUUCACGAGUUUCGAAUUUUUUUCGAAUCGAAUUUGGGAAUAUUUAUUAAAAUAACAUAGAUCAUAAAAAAUUUCUAACAUACCUCCUUUGAAAAACUUGUCACAUAAGUCACAGUUUAAAUCAAGUAACUAAAAUUAAAGUGAGACUAUUUUGAAGAAGCACAACCAGAUUCUCAAAAAUUAAAAAAAAAAAAAAAAAAUUAAAAUUAUAUGUCUAUAAAUCACUUCGCAAAUCAUUUCAAAUCGUCAUGUAGAAAGGUGAGUUCAUCGACAUGGUGCGGCAACAACAAUUAUCUGCAGCUGGUAUAACUAUGUUGCCUACUGUAGAGAAAACUCUCUUCACUUGCCACAUUAUUUAGCCUGUUUGACUUUCAAGGAUAAAAAUAUUAAUAAAAAUAUCACAGCAUAAGGAAGUGGUACAAAAGAAAAAAAAAUUGGUUGUCUGUAAAGUCGGUUUACGGACGAUAGUUUAACGUGACGUCAUAACAAAACAUUGAUGAAAUGAUUGCAUACUUUUAUGAAUAAAAUUUAAUAAUUUUUAUUGAAUUAUCACUACUUUGUAUGGAUACAAAGAAGAAAUGAAAUUAAAUCUACAAUUUAAUUGAUGAAUUUACUUUUAUUUGCAAUCAUUAAUUUAAAUAUGUUUAUUACUUUAACGAAGAGAUUAUUUUAACUAAAACUUUUAUACAUGUUUGCUAUUUAACUUCUUCCAAUCUGUGUUAUUCUGUUAAGGAUAGGACGAUGAUAGGAAAAGUAGGAAACGAAUGGGAGUGUUUCAAGUUUAAUGUGCCUCGAAAAAGUCAAAUCGAUGGUUGUUCUAAUCGAGUGGAAGAGAGAUAGAUGCGGCGCAAUCGUACAAUGAGCGUAACGGGACACAUGAUAACCGGACAAUGUGCGUAACGGGACACUUUUUCGUGCGUGCAGCCGGCGUUCAUCGAUUUAUUAGACGUUAUCACGUCAGUACAGGUGGUGCUAAUAAAAUAACGGCAAAGCACUUUGUUCAGCGUAGGUGGUUCAUUUGCGAAGAAAAAACUAUGCACUUUACGCCUAAAAGCCGUCUUCACAAAAUCAUCACAAGUUUUGAUAACAGGAUACUCAAGUUUCCUUUUCUUCCCGGGAGUUGUUAAUGUCCCAGAGUCCUGUAAUUCUUUCCUUGCAAGAAGCACACUGCUCUUCGAAACACUCGUAAAUUCCGCAGUUAAACUCGCGAUAUCGUUCACACGACGAUCCGAAUAUUUGUCUGAAAAUGUUUUAAAAACAUUCAACACAAUAGUUUUCUGUGCACUUUUCAAAGGCUUUCCAGUUCUGUGCUUUACAAAACCUUGUCCGGCGUCAGCCAUAACAAACCGUGCGCGCACGAAUCCGAAAUACAACUGUUGCGCCGGGUAUCAACUGUAGACUGUACACACAGCGUCUGCUAACAUAAUUGUAAGUAAAUACUUGCUGACACAUUAAACUGUAUUUUAUAUUAAUGGUGAAACGCUAUAAUGCUAUAUAACAAUUGUUAUAAAAAAGGUAGUGUAAAAAUACUUACAAAUGGUACGUAACCAAGGGACUAUUUCUUGGGCACGAAUAAUGUGCGCGGCGGACGGCAGCCAAUGCAAAUGUUUGUUUACAAGAGGCUUUGUUUAUUCCAAAACUCAGGUAAGAGUGAACGGAAAAUACUAUUAUGCAAAAAAAAAAAGUAAAGUAAUCCAUAAAAACAAGACCUUUUCAUGGAAAGUACGUUUAUUUAAAAAGUAGACUUUGCGAAAGCAAGCUAAAUAAUUUAAAUUAAUGAGUGAUGCAAUAAAACCAUUUUAUUCAACGUAAAAAAAAAAGAAAAGAAACCCGUAACAAGAACGUGAUUUGUAACUAUACGCAUAACGAUCGUGAGGGUUAACUUGGUUAUUGACAGAGCGCGCGCGCAUGCAGGCUGCGAGCUAUCGACAUCAAUUUUCGACUACGUGCGCGCGCUCUAUACAGAAAUGCAGGAAUCAACACAACCAAAUUGGUGCUGUUUACGUUUUUAUAAGCGGUAUAAAGCGACUCCCGAGACGUUUAAGAUGAAGUUUUUAACUUUUAAAAAAGUCUUUAAAACACGAUUUACAUAUCAGAUUACUUUGUAAUAGGAUUAAUUAAGUUAGUAAGCAAUUUUAUCAGAACUAACGGCGUAAACUGCGUAAAGCAAUAGGCGCGUUGUAAACGGGAAUUCAUUGCUUUACAUCCAAUGAGGUUAAAACGAGACAGAAAUAAAAUGGUUCAAAUAACGUGAAAACGUAAAUAACGGUAACGUAAAUAAGGGGUUUCGAUGUAUAAUUUUUUGUAAGUGGAAGAUGUAAUCGUCCAUUUACAUUUCUUUUAAAAUUAGGGGAGGGGAAUGUCAAGUCGAAUUAUUGUAAAAUGAAUUCGAUUCGAAUUUACGAAUCGAAUAUCAAAAAAUUCGAACUCGAAUUCGGUAAUUCUGAAUAUUCGCAGAACCCUAAUGCUAACACAGGUAUUGUACAUACGUGUAUCGUAAAUACAGUAGAACCCGUUUAUAGUGAACCCGCCUAUAAUGAAUUCCCGUUUAUUGUGAAUUUCCGUCUCAGUCCCGGCAAAAUGAUGUGAGGUUAUGUAUUAAUUUAUUGGAUAUAGCGUACAACUUUUGUCAAUGUUGAUACGUUUUCCCGCGUACCACGAACAAAUUUUGCCGACAUAAUGCACAUUUAUCUCUAUAUUUUCAUAUAAUUACAAGUUUUUUUCUCAAAACGUCUAUUUAGGAUCACAUUGAAGAUUUUCUCCGCAAUAAGCUACUCGAUUGUCCACCGUUUAUAUUAUAAACAAGUCGUAUUCGAGUGGCCUCGGUAUGGUACGUGUAGCCAGAAAUGGUGAUCAGUCUGGUGAAAAUAAAAAUAGUUUUCCCUGCAUUGUUAAAGAAUGGGCGAACGCGUGUACAUUUAAUAUGUUAUCAAAAUUAAAAAUAAAUUACCGCCACACAAAUACGUAUGUACAUUAUAGCAGCAAAUUCAAUAUUUUUACGUCUCAUUUUUAUCGUUUACGUUUCGGACAUUUUGAUCGAGUAAGGUUCGUAAGACUACCACUAGAUAGACCUCUGUGGACUAAAUUUUUCCAUAGAAAGUGAGAAAAUUUCGUUCCAACUAUAGCAACUGCGAUACUAAAUGAUACGUAGUGAUCUUUGAUGCGCCAGACUCGUUAUUUUUCGUUUAUUUACUUUUGACGGUAAAAAGAAUUUUGUUUUAAUAAGCUGCAAAUGUGCUUCAAUAAGAAAUACGUACAUAAAAAAGGGUGAAAAACGCGUUAAAAAACGUAAGGCAUUAUCUGUGCGACAUAAACUGGACAUUAUUGAAAAGGUAGACUUUAACCUCACUGUCCCGCACGUGUUAAUAGCAAAGGAACUGGGAAUUACAACAUCCACAUUAAGUACAAUAUUAAACAAGCUGAACAAUCUUCUUUCUCAAGCUGCGAAUACGUCACAGAGUACCUAUUAAACGCCUGAAAAAAGGAAAAUAUGCAUAUGUUGAAAAACCAUUAAUAGAAAGUUUGUACAUGUAUAGUGUAUUAAAAAUAAUAUCUGCAUUUGCUCAUAAAACUGUUGCUUUGAGUAUUUUCAUUCUUUAUUUUCUUGUCUUAGGCCUAUGUGUAGUUAAGAUUUUGCUUUUGAGUAUGUAUUGCCAAUAUAAAAGUUUUCCCAGAUAUAAAGUUUCCCCUCUAUAGUGAACAUAUAACCUACUCCCUUCAGAUUCAUUAUAACAGGGUUCUACUGUAUUGACAUAGCAAACUACAAUCAGAAAUCACAAAAAGAAAACAUCUUAAUUAUUCAAUAUUCAUAUAGCAAAUAUGGCAACAUGUGAUAUAAUGCAAAUAUUGCAAUAUACCUCACUAUCAAUUUUUCUUAUCUUUAUCACCUUUCAGAUUUUUGAUAAACAUUUUAUCGUGAACAAUAUAUCUACAAGUUGCAAGACCCUACCUGUUAGUGCUUCAGUACCACUCUGCAUUUAUAUUAUCAGUGCAACGUAAUUCAAACAAUUAUUAAUCUGUUCAUUGUCACACACGAUCAGCAAUGCUAUGAGAACACAUCCACACUGGGCAAGUACAAAUUUACCUAUGGUAAUGAAGAAAACAAGUUAUUAUAGUCCAUUAUAAUCAAAAAUAACCUUUCAGGAAGUCAUAGUUUCACCAAACAAAAACUAUUAUGAGCGAUCGUUUGUCAUGUAGAAAUAUCAGAGGAAAAAAAACUGCAAAACAUUUUGAAACUACAGUGCCUUUUUAGUACUUUUUAUAUUUUGUACAUGGCAUUCAUUAAUUUAAUUUUAGGAAAAUCAUAGUUCUUUUUAUGAUGUCUUUAUAUAUACAAACUGUGUAUAGUAAUGAAUGUGUAAUUGAAAAUAAAAAUGAAGAAAGCAAUGUGUGCAUAAAAAGU